CUUAUGCCUGCUUAUUAGCAGUUUCCAUAUGUAACACCGUCGACCGUGCAAGAUUUAAACUGAGGGGUGCGCUCUGGCCAUUGGGCUCUGCGCAGUUCGUAAUCGUUGAGUAUUCUCGCAUAACCAGAGAAACAAUAUCACGUUACACAAGAUGGAAUUACUCCCAUAGUCGGUACCAAUCAAAAUCCUUGGUUUCCAAGCGCGAAGCGUCAUUGGACACCACGUAUCGUUGGCUCUCAGCGGUACAAAACGGGGCGUCAUUUCUCAUACGUUUACCCAGCGUGAACACACACUUGUUACAAGGAUAUUUUUACAGAGAUUUAAAAAAAAAACGAGUUGGAGGCGAUUUUUUGAGAAUUCAAAAUGGCGGAUUCUCCAGUAGCGGACAAGGAGGCGAACAAGCCACCAUCGCCGAAGCCGGAUACUGCAAACGGAAGUCCGCAAACGACACAAAAAGCAGGAUUGGUAUCAGACACACCAAUCGACGGAAGCCGACCUGAUGACGUCACUGCAGGCACCUCGACACCAAACAGUGUCCGUGGAGCUCCAGUCCAUAGAUCUAUUCACAGAAGAGUAAAGGAUCAAGAACAAUCUAAUUCUGGGAGGAAAAGGAUGACAACAUUUUCUCAUCAAGCGCAAACUAGCACUGCAGCGCUGGCAAACAAAAAGAACAUGGUGCUCUCGGGAGAUGCCAUGAAAGAAAUGGCUCGUCAAGCAAAAGCAACAAGGGAGGAGAGAAGAUCAUGCCUUGACGCGAGACAUAAAUACAUUAUCUCGAAGGUUGCUGAUGCUAUCGGUGUUGACGAUACGACUGUGGAGGACCAAAUCGUUAGCGAUGAUCAUUUCGACCUAAUAGAAACAUUCUUCGCCCCAAACGGGACGAAGAAGCUUAUGUUUUAUUACCAGGAUGUUGCACCCAGAGAGAGUGCUUACUCGAGAGCGGCAGACGUAGCCAGCGUUAUACCCAGCAUUUCUGCAAAGAAACUGUUUCUCACAAACGGCGACGGAGACGCCCUUACCGGGUUUUGCUACUUUUUCGUGAGAACGAUUUCAAAACCGAUCACCAGUGCCAACAUCGCCAACGAAGUGAAUUUUGGGAUGAUUGACAGCUCCGAUGGACUUCUUAAAGGUAUUGAGACCUUGCUUGGAAGAAUUAUGAUUCCAGCGUUGAGGGCACAAAAUAAUUGGGGAGCUUUAACAGCAGAAGAUGAGUCGACCUCACCAGUUGUUGAAGAAUUUAUUGAGUCCAUUGAAAAGUUUGUUGGUGUUUUAUCCACAGCAAGAAUAAGCAUGGAAGGCAAAUUUGAAUUGGAUGAAAUUGAUGUUGGCUACAACUUGGACAGCAUGAGAGCACCUGCUGACUUUAUUCAAGCAUCCAGGAAUUCUGAUCUGCUCGAUAAGCUUGAUAAAGUGGUGGAAGUCUGGUGUAAACAAAUCGACCAGGUGCUUACAGAGAGUGAACAAAUGAGAAAAGAGGCAGAUGACAUCGGUCCAGCAGCAGAACUUGAACACUGGAGGCAAAGAAUGUCUAAAUUUAAUGCAUUACUUGAUGAAAUUAAGACCCCAAGGGUUAAAACAGUUGUUGGAAUUUUGCACGCUGCAAAAUCUCGAAUCAUUCGUCACUGGGUUGUUCUGGACAGCAGAAUAACUGAUGCAGCAAAUGAAGCUAAAGACAACGUCAAGUAUUUGUAUACACUGGACAAGUACUUUGGACCAUUGAGCAAAUGCAACCCUCGAAAUAUGGUGGAAAUCAUACCAAGUCUAAUGAACAGCAUUCGCAUGAUACACAGCAUAUCUCAGUACUACAAUACCUCUGAGAGAAUGACUUCUUUGUUUGUAAAGGUGACGAACCAAAUGAUCACAACAUGCAAGCAUUAUAUCAAUGAGGGAGCUGUAAAAAUAUGGGAUCAGGACAGAGUAACAAUCUUGGGCAAGAUGGAAGACUGUAGAAUGUUGAACAGAGAAUAUCAAAGAGCUUUCCACAAAAUAAAAGAAAAACUAAGGGAAAAUCCUAAAGAACGACAAUUUGAAUUCAGUGAAAACUACAUCUUUGGAAAGUUUGACACAUUCUGCAGAAGACUUGACAAAUUGUCGGAAAUGUUUUCCACCAUGCACCAGUUCUCUCAGAUCCACACAGUUAAAAUUGAAGGCAUUGAUUCAAUUGCACUUAAGUACCAGAACAUUGUAACAAACACAGAGAAGAAGAAAUAUGAUGUGUUGGACCACAGAAAGGCUGAGUUUGAGGUUGAUUACAAUGAAUUUAGAAUGCAGAUUGACAAUUUGCAGCAAACAUUACAAGAUUUCUUGGACACUUGGUUUUCUAAACCUCUUACUACUGAAUACAUGUUAAGUCUUUUGGAGAAGUUCCAAAACAUAACAGGAGCAAAGUUGGACACACAUGAAAAGUAUAUGACACUGCUGUCCCGCUAUGCACGAGACAUGGAAAGUGUGAAAAAGGCCUAUCAAAAAAUGAAGACAGAUCCUCCAAUUCCCAGGAACACUCCACCAAUAUCAGGAAAAAUUACAUGGGCUCGCCAGAUGUAUAGGAGAAUAGAAGUACCAAUGGAGUUCUUAAAAAAACAGCCUGAAGUACUUGCUACUCCAGAAGGAAAACGAGUUGUGAAGAACUUUAACAAAAUGGCUGCAGUUUUGCUCGAGUUUGAACUUCUGUAUCAUAAAGCUUGGUGCAAAGCAACUGAAAUGGCAAAGACAAAUCUUCAAUCAUCCUUGCUUGUGAGACAUCCGGAAACAAAAGACUUCUUGGUGAAUCUUGAUCCUUCUGUUUUUGAAAUCUUUUGUGAAGCAAAACAUCUAAGAAAGAUUGGUCUUGAUAUUCCUGAAGCUGUUUAUACCUUGUGUCUUAAGGAAGAGAAACUGAGGCAGAACCAGCGGAAACUGCAAGACUUAAUAGAUGAUUUUGAAAAGACGAAGCAGAACAUACCAUUGAUCAUGCAGCAGUGCAUGAAGCCAUUGGUGAGCCGAGUAGAAGAUGCCAUUAUACCAGGUCUUACUCUCCUCAAUUGGGCGUCCAUGAAUUUUGAAAACUUCAUUGAGGAUGUUAGCAAUGCUCUUGAAAAGUUGAAAAUGUUCAAUAAAAAGAUUGUAGAUAUCUUAGAAUGUAGGAUAGAGGUGACAACUGAAGACAUGGGAAUGAGUGCACUUUGUGAUCUUCCGGAAUAUGAGGCAGUUUCUCCAGAGGAAUUUAUUGAAAGAACUGAACACACUGUGCAAAUAGCUGCGAGGUGUCUUUGUCAGGAAAGUCAGAACGUGGAACUUGCAGUGUUUGAAAUAAUCAGGAUCUUCGAAGAGACUUUAACAGCUGAUGAAAUGGCUGUGCUGGAUGCCCAAGGUAAAACUGAGAACUAUCCUACAUGGUACCAUGGUGUGAUGGGUGCUGUUUGCCAAAAGAAUACAGAUGCUCUGGUUAAAUGUACACGACUGACUUUGGAUACCAUAAAGCGGCGUCUUCAACAAUCCUCAAACAAAUACCAACUUCCUGGAGGUGGGAAAAUAGAUGAAGAAAAGAUUCCUCUUUUCAAAUCCAACAUCAUCCUAUCUAUUCCUGCUGUUGUGAUGCGACCAAGUUUGGAUGAAAUUCAGACAUCCCUAAACAAGGCGAUUGAAAUUAUCCUGAAGGCAGCAAAGGAUAUUCCACUAUGGAAGCAUGCAGAAAUGCAGAAGCAACAACAGAAACUUGAAGCAGAAGCAGCAAAGAAGGUGGGAGAUGAUCCUAAAAUGACAAAGACACAACCACAAAUGCCACUCUACUUACAAGUCACAGAGCAUAAGGAUGUGGUAAAAGUGUCUGGUCCUCUCCAUUCCACAAUAACAUCACUGAAGACAGAAUCUGACUCGGUUUUGGAAACCUUCUCCAUGUUCAAAGAACUGUGGUCACAAGAUCCACAUGAUCGUGUGAAGGAAUUUGAGGAAGAUGAACCAGUGAUGACAGAGUAUGAAAGUCAGAUCAGAUAUUAUGCCAAGAUGGAAGCCAUGGUUGAAGACAUUCCACUCAGCUAUAGAGUUGGUGCAGUGACUUUUGAAACUGACCAAAUGAGGCUUGCAUUGGUGGAGGAAUGCAAAGCAUGGAAGCGUGCAUUUGGUGCUGCUCUUAACAAGAAGGCUGGUGCAGGCAUGGAUGGCAUAAUGGCUUUCACAGACAACUUGACCAAGAUUCUAAGUCGCCCUAUUAAUGACCUGGAUGAUGUACGAACGGCAAUGAGCUCUUUGAAAGACAUCAGAGAAGCACAGAUUCGAAUUGAUAUGACUAUCGGGCCAAUUGAAGAAAGUUAUGCUUUAUUGAACAGGUUUGAACUCUACUUUGAUGAUGGAAACUCAGAAAGAGUGGAUGGGUUGGCUUAUCAAUGGCGGAAUCUUAUGGCCCAGGUAAAUCAAGUGCAAAACACACUACUUGAAGUGCAACCUGGUUUUAAGGCAGCACUGUUGUCUGGAGUGGAAAAGUUUCAAGCAGAUGUGGAUGUGUUUUACAGAGACUAUGAUGUCAAAGGCCCUAACAUACAAGGACUUGCACCACGCGAAGCCAGCGACAGGUUGCAAAUAUUCCAGACACGUUUUGAUGAGUUGUGGCGAAAAUACACAACUUAUUCAGGAGGGGAAGAACUAUUUGGACUCAGUGUUACAGAAUACAAUGAUCUACAAAGAAUCAAGCGAGAGCUCUCACUGCUACAGAAACUCUACAACCUCUACAACAUGGUUAUUGAAAAUGUCAAUAGCUACUAUGACAUACUGUGGGCGGAACUGGACAUUGACAAAAUCAACUCUGAACUUCUAGAGUUUCAAAACAAGUGCCGUAAACUACCAAAAGCUUUAAAAGAAUGGCAGGCAUUUCUGGAUCUAAAAGCCAAGAUUGACAACUUCAGCGAAUGUUGCCCCUUGCUUGAAAUGAUGUCAGACAAGGCUAUGAUGCCUCGACACUGGGAGAGGAUAGAAAAGAUCACAGCUUGCACUUUUGAUGUGGAAAAUGAAAACUUCUUGCUACGUAAUAUCAUGGAGGCUCCAUUGCUGGAAAAUAAAGAAGAUAUUGAAGAUAUCUGCAUCAGUGCAGUAAAAGAGAGGGACAUUGAAGCUAAAUUGAAACAAGUUAUAAAUGAAUGGAGUGUACAGGUGUUCACUUUCAGUCAGUUCAAAGCUCGAGGUGAACUUCUUCUUAAAGGAUCCGAUAUUAAUGAUAUUGUGGCACUUAUGGAGGACAGCUUAAUGGUGCUUGGAUCCCUCAUGAGCAACAGGUAUAAUGCUCCAUUCAAGCCCAGCAUUCAGCAGUGGGUUCAUAAGUUAUCUGGUACAACAGAAAUUAUUGAGAACUGGUUGAUUGUACAGAACUUGUGGGUCUACCUCGAAGCUGUAUUUGUGGGUGGGGACAUUGCUAAACAAUUACCACAGGAAGCAAAACGGUUCGCCAACAUCGACAAGUCUUGGUUAAAGAUCAUGCAAAGAGCUCAUGAGACACCAAAUGUGGUGCAGUGUUGCAUGGGUGAUGACACACUUGCACAGUUACUUCCCCACAUAUUGGAACAACUAGAAAUGUGCCAGAAGUCAUUGACAGGGUACUUGGAGAAAAAACGUCUAAUCUUUCCAAGAUUCUUUUUUGUUUCUGAUCCUGCUCUACUUGAGAUUUUGGGUCAAGCAAGUGACUCCCACACUAUCCAAGCCCAUUUACUUGGCUUGUUUGACAACGUAUAUCGGGUGGAGUUUCAUGAGAAGAAUUACGACCAAAUCCUGAAGAUGGUUUCACAAGAAACAGAAGUCAUGGAGUUGGCAGAGCCUGUGUUGGCACAGGGCAAUGUGGAGAUCUGGCUUGGUACAUUGCUUGAUGGGAUUCGCAACAGUGUCCACUCAGUUGUGAGGAAAGCUGCAUCCGCAAUUAAUGAAUCUGGAUUUCAAGUUAUUGACUUUGAGAAUGUAUUUCCAGCACAGAUUGGAAUCCUGGGACUGCAAAUGCUUUGGACAAGAGAUUCUGAAGAUGCAUUGACAAUAGCUAAGUCAGAUAAAAAGGCAAUGCAAAAUGCAAACCAAAGGUUCAUGGACAUCCUGAAAGAACUUAUCGACCAAACCACAUUGGACCUGACUUCAUAUGAAAGAAUCAAAUAUGAAACGCUCAUUACAAUUCAUGUUCACCAAAGAGACAUCUUUGAUGAUAUGGUCAAAAUGCACAUUAAGUCACCAACCGACUUUGAGUGGUUGAAACAGUCAAGGUUCUACUACAUUGAAGAUUCAGAUAAAUGUCAAAUCUCCAUUACUGAUGUGAACUUUGUGUAUUGCAAUGAAUACACAGGUUGCAAUGAACGGUUGGUCAUAACACCUCUUACAGACAGAUGUUACAUCACACUAGCACAAGCGUUGGGCAUGAACUUAGGGGGAUCACCAGCUGGCCCCGCUGGUACUGGUAAAACAGAAACAGUGAAGGAUAUGGGCAAAUGUCUUGCAAAGUAUGUCGUGGUGUUUAACUGCUCAGAUCAAAUGGACUACAGAGGUCUUGGAAGGAUCUAUAAAGGUCUUGCACAAUCUGGUUCCUGGGGUUGUUUUGAUGAGUUCAACAGAAUUGAGCUUCCUGUACUCUCUGUAGCUGCACAGCAGAUUGCAAUUGUUUUGCACUGCAAGAAAAUGAAGAAAUCUGAAUUCAUAUUCAGUGACGGCGAUGUGGUUUCAAUGGACAGGGAGUUCGGAAUUUUCCUUACAAUGAACCCAGGUUAUGCUGGCCGACAAGAGUUGCCAGAGAAUCUGAAGAUUAACUUCCGUACUGUGGCAAUGAUGGUGCCAGAUCGGGCUAUUAUCAUUCGUGUCAAACUCGCAGCUUGUGGCUUCCUUGAAAACAUCAUGCUUGCUAAGAAGUUUUACACCUUGUAUAAGCUGUGUGAAGAACAACUCUCAAAACAAGUUCAUUACGAUUUUGGUCUCCGCAACAUCUUAUCUGUGCUACGAACGCUUGGCGCCGUAAAACGAGAAAAUCCGAAUGAUCCAGAAUCAAUGAUCGUGAUGCGAGGACUCCGUGAUAUGAACCUCUCAAAACUUGUGGAUGAAGAUGAACCUUUGUUCCUCUCCCUUAUCAAUGAUCUCUUCCCAGGUAUCCAGCUCGAUAAAGCAGGAUAUCCACAGCUUGAAGCUGCAAUUGAGAAGCAGGUAAACGAAGCUGGCUUAGUUUUCCAUCCGUCCUGGAUUCUCAAAAUCAUCCAGUUGUUCGAGACACAACGUGUAAGACAUGGAAUGAUGGUGCUUGGUCCAAGCGGUGCAGGAAAAACCAAAUGCAUCUACACCCUCAUGAAAGCUCUUACCGACUGUGGUGAACCACACCGGGAGAUGAGAAUGAACCCUAAAGCAAUCACUGCACCCCAGAUGUUUGGUACACUUGAUGUUUCAACAAAUGAUUGGACAGAUGGAAUAUUCUCCACUUUGUGGAGAAGAUCACACAAGGCCAAGAAAGGAGAGCAUAUCUGGUUAGUUCUGGAUGGGCCAGUCGAUACGUUGUGGAUUGAAAACCUAAACUCUGUGUUGGAUGAUAACAAGACACUUACUUUAGCAAACGGUGAUCGAAUUCCAAUGGCCCCGAACUGUAAGAUCAUUUUCGAGCCUCAUAAUGUUGACAACGCUUCCCCUGCUACAGUGUCCAGAAAUGGUAUGGUGUUCAUGUCAUCUUCUGCUCUUGAUUGGCGCCCAGUAUGUCAAGGAUGGCUAAAAACUCUGCCACAACAGCAGUCAGACAUACUAUGGCAAUUAUUUGACAGCGUGUUUCAAGAUCUGUACAACUUUGUUACAACCAAACUUGUUGUAAAGAUGGACAUCUUAGAAUGUAUGUACAUUCGCCAAUCUAUUGACCUUCUUCAAGGUCUUCUGCCAAGUCAUGAAGAUGGAGGCAAAGGUUUAAACAAGGAGCUUCUAAGCCGGAACUUUAUUUUCUCCUUGAUGUGGUCACUUGGUGCAUUAUUGGAACUGGAUAACAGAGAGAAAAUGGAAGGGUUUCUACGAUCCCACGAGUCAAAACUUAAUCUACCACCAACGCAAGGUGAUGAGACCAUCUUUGAGUAUUAUGUUUCUAGCAAAGGAUCAUGGGAGCACUGGAGAACAAAGGUUGAAGUAUACGAAUAUCCUAAAGACAGUAUCCCAGCAUAUGCUUCAAUACUUGUACCAAAUGUUGACAAUAUCAGAACAGAUUUCUUGCUUGAAACAAUUAUGAAACAGGAAAAAUCGGUGCUACUGAUUGGUGAACAAGGAACAGCAAAAACAGUGAUGAUUAAGGGUUAUGCAAGCAAAGCAGACCCAGAGGUUCAUCUGAACAAAGCACUGAACUUCAGCAGUGCCACCACACCUAACAUGUUCCAGAGAACCAUUGAAAGCUAUGUGGACAAGAGAGUAGGAACAACUUAUGGUCCACCAGCAGGAAAGAAAAUGACUGUGUUUGUGGAUGACAUAAACAUGCCCACCAUCAAUGAAUGGGGUGACCAGAUCACAAAUGAAAUUGUUCGACAAUUGUUGGAAAACAAAGGAUUUUACAGCCUUGAUAAACCAGGUGACUUCACCAACAUUGCUGACAUUCAACUUGUGUCAGCCAUGAUUCACCCUGGUGGAGGUAGGAAUGACAUUCCUCAGCGACUAAAGAGACAGUUCUGCAUUUUCAACUGCACUCUGCCAUCCAACAGUUCAAUUGAUAAGAUAUUCUCCACCAUUGCUCUUGGCUACUUCUGCAAAGAACGGAAAUUCACACAGCCAGUGAUUGACAUCAUUGAAAAACUUGUACCACUGACCAGAAGCCUGUGGCAGAAGACUAAAGUAAAGAUGUUGCCCACACCAGCAAAGUUUCACUAUAUUUUUAACUUGCGUGAUCUUAGCAGAAUUUGGCAGGGUAUCCUGAUUGUUGAGUCUGAAGUUGGGAAAGAUAUUGCAACCAUCUUGGGACUGUGGAAGCAUGAAUGCGAGCGUGUCAUAUCUGAUCGAUUUACCAAUCAACCUGACAAAGACUGGUUCAAUGAAACGUUGAUAAAGAUGCUAAAUGAAGAACUUGGGGAAGAAGUGGCAAGUUUAAUGCCAGAAGAACCUCUCUUUGUUGACUUCUUGCGUGAAGCACCUGAACUAACAGGAGAUGAGCCUGAUGACUUUGAACCAGAAGCUCCAAAGAUCUAUGAGCUUCUUCCAUCACUUCUUGAGAUUGAGGACCGCCUUCAUGGCUACUUAGAACAAUACAAUGAAACUGUACGAGGAGGAAAAAUGGACUUGGUGUUUUUCAAGGAUGCUGCACUUCAUCUGAUUAGAAUAUCUCGUAUAAUUCGAACUCCACGAGGAAAUGCACUGCUUGUUGGUGUUGGUGGUUCUGGCAAACAAUCCCUUACAAGACUCGCUUCAUUUAUUGCAGGAUACAAGAUUUUCCAGAUUACUCUGAGCAGAACCUACAAUGUAACCAACCUCAUGGAUGACUUAAAAGUCUUGUACAAAAUUGCUGGUAAAGAUGGAAUGGGCGUAACUUUUAUAUUUACUGACAAUGAGAUAAAAGAUGAAGGAUUCCUUGAAUAUAUGAACAAUGUGUUGGCUUCAGGAGAGGUUUCCAACCUGUUCGCUCGAGAUGAGAUAGAUGAAAUCAACAUGGAACUAAUUCCAGUGAUGAAAAAAGAGUUUCCUAAACGACCACCAACACCUGAGAACCUUUACGAUUAUUUUCUCUCACGUGUUCGUGAAAACUUGCAUGUGGUCCUCUGCUUCUCACCAGUUGGUGAAAAAUUCAGAGCACGGUCGCUCAAAUUUCCUGGGUUAUUUUCUGGAUGCACAAUGGAUUGGUUUCUGAGAUGGCCAAGAGAGGCUUUGAUUCAAGUUGCCCAACAUUUCCUAUCAUCCUAUGAAAUCAAGUGUCUACCGGAAACAAAAGCUAAAAUGGUCCAAGUCAUGGGUUCAGUGCAAGAUUUGGUUUCGGAGAAAUGUGUUGAAUACUUUGAACGCUUCAGAAGAUUGUGUCACGUCACACCGAAGUCCUAUCUCUCAUUUAUAACUGGUUAUAAGACAAUUUACAGUUUAAAACUGAGUGAAAUUGGACUCCUGUCUCAACGGAUGAAGACAGGUCUGGACAAACUUGUGGAAGCUCAAAAAUCAGUGAAUGCUCUGUCUGCUGAACUUCAAAUCAAAGAGAAAGAUCUUGCUGUUGCAUCACAAGAAGCUGAUGAGGUACUUAAAGUAGUAACUGAAAAGGCACAGGCUGCUGAAAAGGUGAAAGCAGAGGUUCAGAAAGUCAAAGAUAAAGCCCAAGCUAUUGUGGAUGCUAUUAACAAAGACAAAGGAAUUGCAGAAGCAAAACUUAUGGCAGCAAAACCUGCACUGGCACGAGCAGAAGCUGCACUACAGACCAUCAAGCCUUCUGACAUUGCUACUGUGCGUAAACUGGGUAAACCUCCUCAUUUGAUCAUGAGGAUCAUGGACUGUGUCCUCAUCCUUAUGAGAAGAAGAUUAAAUCCAGUGGAAGUUGAUCCUGAACGUCCAUGUGUCAGACCAAGUUGGAAUGAAGCGCUCAAACUGAUGAACCAGUCACAGUUCCUUGGAAUGCUUCUUAAUUUCCCCAAGGAUUCUAUCACUGAGGAGAUGGUGGAACUUUUAGGACCUUACCUUGAAAUGGAAGAUUAUAACUUAGACACUGCAAAGAAGGUGUGUGGAAACGUUGCUGGCUUGUGUUCAUGGACAGAAGCCAUGGCUAUCUUUUACAGCAUCAAUAAAGAGGUGUUGCCACUAAAGGCAAAUCUAGCUGUGCAAGAAGCACGCUUGGAACGCGCAAUGAUAGAUUUGAAAAAUGCUCAGGCCACCUUGGAUGAAAAACAGAGGCAGUUAGAUGAAGUUCAGGCCCAAUAUGACAAAGCAAUGAGCCACAAGCAGGCUUUACUUGAUGAUGCAGAAACAUGCCGUAGGAAGAUGACAAAUGCAAUGGCACUUAUUGAGGGACUUGGUGGUGAAAAGGUCCGAUGGGAAGCUGCUGGGAAGAAAUUUGAAGACCAAAUCAACAAACUUGUUGGAGAUGUGUUGCUUGCUACAGGUUUCCUGUCAUACUCUGGUCCGUUCAACCAGGACUUCCGGUCCCUUUUGGUGUCACAGUGGAAGAAAGAAAUGGCACAGAACGAAAUCCCAUAUUCAGAUGAUGUGAACCUUAUUUCUAUGCUGGUGGACAAUGCGACAAUUGGAGAAUGGAACUUAGAAGGUUUACCCAAUGAUGAACUAUCCAUUCAAAAUGGUAUCAUUGUUACCAAAGCAACAAGGUAUCCACUACUAAUUGAUCCACAAGGUCAAGGAAAGUUAUGGAUUAAAAACAGAGAAAGGAACAAAGAAUUACAGUUAACAUCAUUGAACCAUAAAUACUUCCGCACACAUCUGGAAGAUGCAUUGUCUCUUGGCCGUUCUCUCAUCAUUGAAGAUGUAAGAGAAGAAUUGGAUCCAGCUUUGGAUAAUGUGUUGGAACAAAAUUUUAUAAAAUCAGGAAGCACAUUCAAGGUUAAAGUUGGAGACAAAGAAGUAGAUGUGAUGAAGGGUUUCAAACUUUACAUCACAACUAAGCUGUCCAACCCUGCUUACACACCCGAAAUCUAUGCGCGUACUUCUAUCAUUGACUUCACUGUCACAAUGAAAGGGUUGGAGGACCAGUUGCUCGGUCGGGUCAUUUUAACUGAGAAGCAGGAAUUGGAGGCAGAGAGAGUAGCACUGAUGACAGAGGUCACUGCAAAUAAAAGAAGAAUGCAGGAACUAGAAGAUAACUUGCUAUACCGCCUUACAUCUACCAAGGGAUCACUCGUUGAUGAUGAAUCACUUAUUCAAGUGCUUCAGACAACCAAGCAAACUGCUGAGGAAGUAAGUGAAAAGCUUUCAAUUGCAGCAGAAACAGAAAUAAAGAUCAAUGCAGCAAGAGAGGAGUAUCGACCUGUUGCUACUAGAGGAUCCAUUCUCUAUUUCCUGAUCGUGGAAAUGAGUCUGGUGGAUGUAAUGUACCAGACAUCACUUCGACAAGUGCUUGGCCUGUUUGACGAAGCGUUGGAAAAAAGUGCUAAGUCUCCAAUACCUGCAAAGAGAAUCUUUAACAUCAUGGAUUACUUGACGUUUAUCGUGUUCAAGUACACUGCACGUGGACUGUAUGAGAACCACAAGUUCUUAUACACUCUGCUACUGGCUCUAAAAAUUGACCUCAACCGUGGGUACUUGUCGCAUGAAGAGUUUCAGUCCUUCAUCAAAGGUGGUGCGUCACUUGAUCUGAAUGCAGUUGAAGCAAAACCAAAGAAAUGGAUUCAAGACAUGACAUGGCUCAACCUGAUUCAGCUGAGUCGCCUGCCUCAGUUCUCACAAUUGAUUAACCAGAUCACAAGGAAUGACAGGGGGUGGAAGACAUGGUUUGAUGAAGAGGCACCAGAAGAAGCUGUUAUUCCUGAUGGCUACAGCAGUUCUCUCGAUACAUUCAGAAAACUACUUCUUAUAAGAAGCUGGUGUCCUGACCGCACAAUAGCUCAGUCUCGUCACUACAUCGCACAAUCGUUGGGGCAAAAGUAUGCAGAGUCUGUGAUUUUGGACAUGGAGACGAUGUGGAAUGAAUCAGACAAUAGGAAUCCAAUGAUCUGCUUCCUUAGCAUGGGUUCAGAUCCCACUGAGAACAUUGAGAGACUGGCAAAGUUGAAAGGAAUUCCGUGCAGAGCAAUUUCUAUGGGUCAAGGGCAAGAGGUUCAUGCACGCCGACUGCUUAGCCUGAGCUUUCAAGAUGGUGGUUGGCUAUUGCUCCAAAACUGUCAUCUUGGGCUGGAUUACAUGGAUGAACUACUUGAAAACGUUACAAACACCGAACAUAUUCAUGAGGGUUACAGAACAUGGAUCACAACCGAACAACACAAGAAAUUCCCUAUCAACUUGCUUCAAUCCAGCAUUAAAUACACCAACGAGCCACCUCAAGGUGUAAGAGCUGGGUUGAAGAGAACAUACAACAGUGUUACACAGGAAUUCUUGGAAAUUUCAAACAUGCCACAAUGGAAGUCGAUACUGUAUGGUGUAGCAUUCUUGCACACAACAGUGCAGGAAAGAAGAAAAUUUGGACCUUUGGGUUGGAAUAUUCCAUAUGAGUUUAACCAGUCAGAUUUCUCUGCCAGUGUGCAAUUUGUACAGAACCACUUGGAUGACAUUGAUGUGAAAAAGGGUGUUUCAUGGAGCACUGUUCGUUACAUGUUUGGGGAAAUUCAAUAUGGAGGUCGCGUCACUGACGACUUGGACAAAAUCUUACUUAACACAUUUUGUAAGGCAUGGUUUGGGGAACAUAUGUUUACUGAAAAGUUCUGUUUCUACACAGGAUACAUCAUUCCAAAGGUGAAGAGUCUGCCAGAGUUUCACACAUACAUCGACAAUUUACCUUUGGUUGACACUCCUGAAGUAUUUGGCUUGCAUCCAAAUGCUGACAUCACAUAUCAGACAAACAUGGCAAAUGACAGCUUGGGGACAAUUGUUAGCAUCCAACCAAAAGAAAGCAGCGGAGGAUCUGGUGAGACCAGAGAGUCAGUUGUAUGGAAAAUGGCUCAAGAAAUGUUGGAAAAGUUACCCGAUGAUUUCUUACCUCACGAGGUGAAAUCACGACUGCAGAAAAUGGGUUCUAUUCAGCCGAUGAACAUUUUCUUAAGGCAAGAGAUUGACCGAAUGCAAAGAGUUAUUUCCCUUGUACGGACAAUGUUGAUGGACCUUCAGCUCGCAAUUGAUGGAACUAUUAUCAUGAGCGACAACUUACGUGAUGCUCUCGAUCAAAUGUACGAUGCCCGCAUACCAAAAGCAUGGCAAAAGAUAUCAUGGGACAGUUCGACAUUGGGCUUCUGGUUUACCGAAUUCCUUGAACGUCAUGAGCAGUUCUUUACUUGGCUAUUCGAAGGACGACCUAAUCAAUUUUGGAUGACAGGAUUUUUCAACCCACAGGGCUUUUUGACUGCGAUGAGACAGGAAGUGACGCGUGCUCACUCAAACAAAGGAUGGGCUCUUGAUGGCGUCAUGCUUUAUAAUGACGUCACGAAAAUGUCAAAGGAAGACGUCACUGCCCCUCCGCCUGCUGAUAUAGGUGGCGUCUAUGUGUAUGGCUUAUACUUGGACGGCGCUGGUUGGGACAGAAAAGCCAUGAAACUGAUGGAACCUUUACCGAAGGUCCUGUUCACACAAAUGCCUGUCGUACAUGUGUACGCCAUCAACAUCAACCAGUCACGUGACGACAAGAGGGGCGGCAUGUCUUUGUUCCCAUGUCCCGUGUACAAGAAACCACGUCGUACGGACUUGACGUUCAUAUUCUCUUUACUUCUUCGUACUUCACAAAAUCCUGACCACUGGGUUUUGCGAGGCGUGGCCGUACUUUGCGAUACUAAGUAACCCGCAAGUUUCAAAGAACAACACACAGACUGCUGUAGUUUUACUACGAGCAAACAUUACAACUAAAUAGGCGAUGACAUAUCCAUUUACUACAGCUCAUCAUGUUUAUAUGUACAUACUUUCCUCAAUGUAAACACGAAAAUAGAUUUUGCUAGUGUUCGAGUAUCCGUUGUUUUGUGUGCAUUUAUUAUCGUUGCAACGUACAUUAAUAUUUACCUUUACUAUAUCCUUACCCGAUACAUAGAAUUCACUGUGAAACGUAGUCUCCAUUACGCGUGAUUAGCGAUUUUUAAUCGUAGGUUAAUUUGAUUUGGACCGACGUAUGAUCUAUAAAUAGUAAUCACAUUUAGUGUUGUUGGCGUAGUAAAUUGUAGUGUUCUACUUCUAUAAAUGAUUAUAUACUUGACAUAGCCAGUAGUUAAUACUUUCAUAUUGCGUUCAUCUGUAUACCUCCUGUUUAGUGUGCGAAGGUGUAUAAUAUAAACGUGUGGUGACAUUGGUGUUUUAGUGAAUCACGACUUAUAUGUUCUGAUUAAACAAAUACAGGCCUGGA